AUCUCACAAACACCUUAAAUUUCAAUUUCAAUUAAAUUUCGAGAGAAAUCACCUCUCUCAAGAAAAAGAAAAACCCAAAAUGAAGAAUAAUGCGACACCGUUCCCAACGGUCGAAACAUGCAGCUCCAUCGGGCGGGAAAACCAUACAGUGGUGGCGGAUAUGGACGGAACUCUUCUGAGAGGACGGAGCUCUUUCCCUUACUUUGCGUUGGUUGCUUUUGAAGCCGGCGGCGCCCUAAGGCUUCUCAUGGUGCUCCUAUCGGCCCCAUUGGCCGGACUUCUUUACUACUUCGUAUCAGAGUCGGCCGGAAUUCAGGUUCUUAUAUUCGCAACAUAUGCCGGAAUGAAAGUUUCCGAUAUUGAGUCAGUUGGUCAAGCGGUGUUACCCAAGUUUUACUCGAGUGAUCUGCAUCCUGAAUCAUGGCGGGUGUUCUCCGCCUGUGGGAAGCGGUGUGUGCUCACGGCGAAUCCGAGGAUCAUGGUGGAGGGAUUCUUGAAGGAGUUUUUGGGAGCGGAUUUGGUUUUAGGAACGGAGAUCGGAACUUAUAAGGGUAGAGCGACGGGGUUUGUGCUCAGCCCGGGGGUGUUUGUUUCUGAGAAGAAGGCAGAGGCUCUUCUUAAAGAGUUCGGCGAUAAACGGCCGGAAAUUGGGCUUGGUGAUCGGCAAACAGACUUUCCAUUCAUGGCACUAUGCAAGGAGAGUUAUAUUGUACAACACAAUCCAGAAGUAAAGCCACUACCAAACGACAAGCUACCGAAGCCAAUCGUAUUUCACGACGGCCGGCUAGUUCUAAAGCCAUACCCCAUAAUGGCCCUCCUCACCGUCUUAUGGAUUCCGAUUGGUUUCAUCCUCGCCUGCCUCCGUAUCGCCGCCGGCUCCCUCCUCCCGAUGCCAAUGGUCUACUACGCCUUCUGGGCUCUCGGUGUACGUGUCACUGUCAAAGGGAACCCUCCACCACCGGUGACGAAAUCCUCCGGCCAAACCGGUGUCCUUUUCAUUUGCUCCCAUCGUACUCUCCUUGAUCCCAUUUUCCUAUCCUGUGCCCUCGGCCGCCCCAUCCCCGCCGUCACAUACUCCGUCUCUCGUCUCUCUGAGAUUAUCUCUCCGAUCAAAACUGUCCGGUUAACUCGUGACCGAGAAACCGAUGCCUCCAUGAUCAAGAAGCUUUUGGAAGAAGGAGACUUAGCUAUCUGCCCGGAAGGUACCACUUGCCGGGAACCAUUUCUACUCCGGUUCUCCGCCAUGUUUGCAGAGUUGACUGACCACCUUGUGCCGGUGGCGAUGGUCAACAAGAUGAGCAUGUUUCACGGCACCACCGCGAGAGGGUGGAAAGGAAUGGACCCAUUUUACUUCUUCAUGAACCCUAGUCCGGCGUAUGAAGUUACUUUCUUGAAUAAGUUGCCGCUUGAAUUAACAUGCAGCUCCGGCAAGUCUAGCCAUGAGGUGGCGAAUUAUAUACAGAGGGUGAUUGCAGCCACGCUUUCUUAUGAGUGUACAAGCUUUACCCGGAAGGACAAGUACCGAGCACUAGCCGGAAACGAUGGCAUAGUGGCGGAGAAGCCCAAGCAAAAGGCCAUCAAAGUUAACGGGUGCUAGUUUUGUGUGAGUGUGUGUGAAUCGUGAUACAAAUAACCCGUCGAGGGCAAAAUGGGAAAUCAAUAUAUAACCCUUCUUUUUCUUUCUUUGUUUCUUGUCAAUUCAAGAAUAAUGCAAAAUUUUGUACUUAUGAAUUUAUGAGACACUCAUUCAUUAGCUUUAUAUGUCUUUCAG